CCGCAGCAGCCGUACACCAACAGCAACAGCAGCAGCAACAGCAGCAGCAGCAUCAGCAGCAGCAUCAGCAGCAGCACCAGCAGCAGCGAACUGCCCGGAGCAACAUCGUUGCCUUUGCUGCAGUUGUACUUCCACGUGGGUUUGCAGCUGCCUUCUGCUUUGCUGCUGCUGCUGCCAGCAGCAGCAGGGCUUGCCCCCACGGGGGCCCCCUUGGGGGGCCCCUUAGGGGGUCCCCACUUCCCAGGGGGCCCCCUGGCUUCUGAGGGGGCCCCCCCGCCUGUAGAGGACCUGCUGAGGGUACUGAGGCUCUUAGUACAUUAUACAGAACCUUUAGAGGGGCUGCAGGGGGCCCCCCAGGGUCCCCCAUUUGGGGGGCCCCCCACAGAGGCCCCCCCGGGGCCUCCAUUUGGGGGGCCCCCCACGAGGGCCCGCCAAGUGGGGGCCCCCCCCGGGGGCCCCCCAGGGCCCUUUCUAGGCCUGGAAGAAGCUUCAGCAAACACUUCAGCCGCACAGAAGUCCCCUGCAGCAGCAGCAGCAGCGCCGGCUGCAGCAGCAGGAGCAGCAGCAGCGGAGAAGGAAAAGGUGGGGUUGUUGUUCCUGCAGCUGCUGGACCAUGUGGGGCUGCUGCUGCAGCAGCAGUUUGAUGCUGUGGGGGAAGAAAACCUGGCAGCAAUUUGCUACAGCCUCAGCAAGCUGAAGCAGAGGUACUGCAGCAAGAGGCGGCGGCAGAUUGACCUAGCUGCUGCCGCAGCAGCAGCAGCAGAAGCAGCUGCAGGAGCAGCAGCAGCAGCAGCAGCAGAAGCAGCAGCAGCAGCAGCAUUGCCGCCUGCUGCUUCCCCUGGUGGCGCCGCUGACGCAGCAGCAGCAGCAGCAGCAGCAGCAGCAGGGCCUCUGCUGCGGCCGUUCGAAGAAGCAAUUGACAUUUGGCAAAGGCCCUUUGGUGCUGCACUGCUGACAGAAUUACCUUUUUCUCUUCACAAUUAUAAAUACUUUUCUUUAAUUGAUAUUGGACAAUUUCUUUCCGACUGGGGGCCCCCAGGGGGCCCCCAGGGGGUUCACUGCAGCAGCAACUUCUACCCGCACCCUCUUGUGGAAAGCAGCGGGCUGCGCCUCGAGGGGCCCCUGGGAGUCCCCAUCAGGGGGCCCCUAGGGGGCCCCCAGGCCCUGGGGGGCCCCCAGGCUCUCGGGGGGCCCCUGGGGGCCCCCCAGGCCCUCGGGGGCCCCCCAAGGGGUGUCGAAGGCCAGCCCCAGGGGGCCCCCAAGGGACAUGGGGGCUCCCAGGGGGCCCCCUAG